CGUUAGUUUAAACAAUAUUUUGAACAGUAAUUGUGAUCGAUAAAAGAAAUUCAACAUGAUUGAAAAAGUGAUGGUCAGUAUCAUUAUGUUGACUGCAGUAUUUGCACGACCUCAAAACUCAACACCACAAAAUUCACGAGAAGCAACUAUUUUACGAUACGAAAAUGAAAAUAUUGGAAAAAGUGGUUAUAAUUUUGCUUAUGAAACAUCAGAUGGAACAUCACGAUUGGAAACGGCUGAGGUAGUAAAUCCGGGUACAGAAAAUGAAACAUUGUUAAUACGUGGUACAGUCACUUGGAUUGCACCUGAUGGACAACAAUAUACCAUUACAUAUACAGCUGAUAAAGAUGGAUAUCAACCAAAAGGUAGUCACAUACCACAAUAAAUGAAAAAAGCAUGACACAUUUGCAAAAAACUAUGUGCAUGCUUGGUAUUUAUGUAAUGGACAUUUGCAGGUGUAUAA